GUGAAGUCCAUUGAAGGAAAACUUGAUUUCUUGAAUGGAAAAAUGGCUUCCUUUCAAGAAGAAAUGCAGUCACUUAGUAAACUGAUGAGGCAGUUUGUUUCAGCAAAUAAGUCGGGCGACGUCACCACCUUAGGAACCCGGAAGUCGUCAAUUGACAAUAGUCAACUGCAAUUCCCCUUGACGACUGAAGAAGAGUUUAACCAACUUGAAGCUUCAGUGAGAAACCCAAAAUUCAGAGAUUCUUUCAUGACAAAACUGGCUGAGAAUUCAUCGUACAAUCCGCAGUCUUCCUUGAAACGAAUGCUGAAUUACAUAUGGGAGCCUAAGCUGUCAAGUCGCUUCACUGCGUACGGAACAUCAAAGAAGCUAGCUCUCUUAAAAUGUCACUUCUAUAAAGUUAUAACGUGUAAGCGUGCUUUAUUUAAAUAUUUCUUUCAGCCGUCAUUGUCAGCAAGUUCGCUUCUGCUACGAUGCCCGAGGACGAAGUUAUAAAAGCUUUGACAGAUACUACUAAGGCCUAC